AUAUUAGCACUAUUUUUAGAGCUCGGUGGGAGGGUCCCAUUCUAAAAGUAGUACCUACGUUCAAGAAUGUAUGACACGCAUACAGCAAUAAUUCCAUGUGGAACAUCUGUCAUCGUUCUAACGAGUGGCUCAAGGUAGAGUGCUCUCUUUGCCCUGGUCAUCGUUUUCCGUCAUCUCUUCUACAGUUCUGGCUAAGGCCUCCGCCACAACGGACUGACUAGUGAUGCCUAAGGCCGAGUCGUUACCUUCGGAAGGUCUCGCAUUGGGUUGGAUCUUGUGUGUGGCAUGUGCCACGCUGUUUUCCACAGGUUUGGCCCAGGUGGACGACAUUGACAAUGCCGUCAACAGCACCAUCAACGAUACAGAGCCCAUCCAAGAACAUCCCAGUGAGGUCCAAAAAGCGGUAUGCACUGUGACUGCUGGUGAGAUCAAAGCGUCUGCCGAAGCUGUUACUACAAAGACCCUAAAGGGAGUCUGUGGAUCGGACGAAAUGAACUUGGCCUUCAAAAACCUAGAGACCAAACUUUACGCGGAGCUUCGUGAAAUAAAAUGGCUAUUGGAGCAAGUGGCAAUGGCCAAUUCGGUGGAAAUAAGCGCAGCCCCUCCUCCACCACCAGUGACGCAAAGGAAUGCCCCUCCCAAUAAUGUCAAACUAGAUGAAAUUCUAAAGGCGAUGGAGACAAAGGCUAGCACAAAAAAGAUGCCCAUACUGAAGGAGCUGGCGACGAACCAUAACGCCUUGCAGGGAGUGCGAGAUGAGGAGGUUAACAAGUUCAAUAAUACCAUGCUGGCUGACCAGGACUUUAAAUUGUUUACAUACUACUGGAAGUUGGAAAAUUUCACGAACAGAAUUGAAGACCUUUCGACGAGCAGUGUCAAUAGUCCUAUAUUUAGCAUCAGAGGCAAAUCCCUUCAGCUGAGGUGCACCUUUCAUCAUUUGAAUCGCGAGCUACUGAACCUACAGCUGGGCUAUGCCCAUGUCCUACCAGGCGAUCAGAAGAACAUUGUUUUAGAUAUGGGGGGAAUAUUCAAGACGAUGAAACAUUGGACGGACGGCACGCCAUUUAAGCACAAAAUCUCUAUACUGGAUCAGAAUUACAGCCACCGGAAGGCAAAAGAUCUCGGCUCACAGGAGCUGACCAAACUGGAGACGGGCUUUUCCAUACCGCACAGUGCACUUCUGGGCAGCACGUACAUCAAGCAGAACUCGCUGUUGAUACAGAUCAUAUUGUAUUUAUGAAUGACAGAAACAAAAUUUUAUUCGGUUCAGAUAUUAAAUCAAAGAGAGACCAAAACCACGUACUAUAAGUUUAUAUUGAACAAACUUCGGGGUCGCUCACAGUUUACUGCGUGCACCCUUGGCCUUGAUGUCGAGGAAUGGCAAUGCGAUCGGAUAUAGUUCCUUGCACGACUUGAAGGCUACAAUGUCGCUGAUGCACUUGUGACGCUCCAUAUUUGUGAUCUCCAGUGGCUCUUCCUCCUUA